AUUUUUUAUGGCCCAAGAUAUAAUGAAGAUUGCAUUUUUACAAUUAUUUUUUAAGAAUAAAUAAACUAUUGAUGGUAACCAAAUGCAAUAGACUGUAGAAUUCAUUUGACUUUAGGAAUUUUUACUAUAAAUACAAAAAGAGAAAUCAAACCUUAAAGAAUUAACUGUUCUAAGCUGAUAAAAAGGGAUUUUUCAAGUUAUUAAAAAUAAAUAACAUUCUGAAGAAUAGAAAAAGAGAAGAAGGUAUAUUUAAUUGUUUUUAGAUGAUAACUAAAAUAUUUUUUUUGAUUAGGUUAGGUAAGAAUUUUUUUUGAUUAAUCAGAUUGCUUUUUUGUCAUAAUCAUUAACUACUCUAAAAAAAUUGAGUUAAUAAGAAAUAGAUAAACUGGGCAAGAUUAAUUCCUCUUAAUAAAGUAUAUCCAGAAUUCCUAUACUCAACAUUUCAGACACCAAUUUUCCUACCAUUUCUAUUUAAUAACUUUCACGAAAUCAAUCAUCCUAAUCAACUCAUUUACAACUUUGAAUCCAUAGCAUCUUUCAUCAUACUAUCCGACUACACUUUCAAAGCACAAUUUAUAAUAAUUUUUUAUAUUUUAAUCCAUAUUUAUUUAAAUUCAUCAAAAUAAAUAACAUUUGCCAGUUACACUAUCUCAUUAUAUAUAAUAAUUUUAUAUCUCUUUUAAUUUUUGA